GGUCGAAUGACUGGAUAUGGCAGUUAGGGGAGGAGCUAUAUAGCAGCUCUGCUGUGGGUGAUCCUCUUGCAACUUCCUGUUGGGAAGGAGAAUAUCCCAUAAGUAAUGGAUGAUCCGUGGACUGGAUACACUACAAGAGAUAUCAGACCUCACCAAAGAUGUCUGCCAAAACGACCAGCACGAAUAACAUAGCCCAGGCACGACGGACUGUACAGCAACUCAAAGUAGAAGCCUCCAUAGAGAGAAUAAAGAUUUCCAAAGCAUCUGCUGAUCUUAUGCGCUACUGUGAAGAACAUACCAAAAACGACCCUUUACUAAUGGGCAUCCCAGCUUCAGAAAACCCUUUCAAGGAUAAAAAGCCUUGUAUAAUAUUGUAGUUUAUUAAACACUAGUUGUCUGUUUUCACUUUAAAUACCAAACAGAUCCUUACUGAAGUUAUCUCAAGGUGUCUGAUUUCCACUUAAGAAGAAGAAAAAAAAACUUUAAUCUAUACAAAUGAUUCUUUUCUAUGUUUUAUUUUUUUCUCUCUAGCUUUGUACUCAAGGGAACAGUCUUUUUAAAACCAGAUUUCAUUCUAAAAACAAGAAUCUGAGGGUGGUGAAUAUUUUUGUCAGCGUUUAUUUUUAAUGUGUAGUGUCUACUUGUCCAGUCAAAAUUUUUGCUUGAAAAUAUUAUCAAGACCAAAGUUGCCUCCUGCUUCUUAUACAGGUUAGCAUUACAGACUAUGAAUCGUGCAACUAGGAAACCUAUUGCCAUUAUAUUAUCAUUCCUUAUUAGAACGUUGUCACUCCAGCGUGUUCUCACAACUCGUUUGCGCUUCACUCCAUAUUAAAUACAUUUUCCAACAGUUUGCGCUUACGUGCGAAAGUUCCUAUCUCUUAGUCUACCCCUUGAAACGUGCAAUAGGGAGUAACUAACAUCAGCAUUGUCAUAUUUUUACAAACAAAGAUGUUAUUUGUUUUCAAAAACAAUAUUUAAAUCCUACUAGUCUAAGAUAGUAGAUGGGAGGUAUUUCCAUUUGUGAUUUUGAAAUGUAAUCUCUGGCUAAUAUAUAUAUUUAUUUUACGGGUAAAGUCAGAAAUCCGGGUAUCCUAGGAUUACCCCGGUAAACCUGACAUUACCCAAGCGUCUGUGGGUAAAGCCAGAUGUAAUGUAAUUCCCCCAUCUACAUUAUUUUUUUUGCGUCUGCCUGGGGGUUCAAGGAAGGAGCCCCGCCGAUCCUCUGGCAUCCAUACCAAGUGACCCUUGGGGAAUGAGCUUCACCCCCCUUGAACCCCGCAGGCGGAGGCAAAAAAGAUAGUGAAGAUGUGUGAUUUACAGUGUAUCCUAUAUAUAUUUGAUGCACUCUGAGAAUAUUUAUCAUGUUACAUCGGGCUUUACCACAGCCGCUUGAUUAUUGUCAGGUUUACCCGGGUAAUGCUAGGAUUACCCAAUUUCUUACUUUACCCGCAACAUAUAUAUAUUAUUUUCCCCUGAAAGACAAGGUUGGUUUACUACAAGUUUAUAUUGUUUCUCACAAAGCAUUAACUGCAGAAAAACCUGUCACAUUGUUUUUUAAGACUUCAAGUCCAAUUUGUUUCUUAUAUAAAUUUGCCAAGGUGGACUGAUUUUAUUGCGAUAUCACUAAAUUCUCACUGUCUUUCCCCACUAAUUUGUUAUAUUCAGUGGUAGCCUGGGGAAUUUCAUUUUUUGCACCAAAGAAAUGCAAAAGCGUAUUUUGCGAUUAUUUUUGUAUGUUUUUGUGUACACUACAAAUAUGCUCCUAAAAGUAUUCUCAAAAGUACCUUAGUAGCUUUGCACCACUGCAAUUAUGAUAGAAUUAAGCUUUGUACAAGUGAUGUCUAUUAAACCUACCUGUGAAAAGCAAUUUAACCACUGCAGUAUGAUUUAUAGUUUAAUUACCCAACAUGCCCAGCGGCAUAUCAGUAAAAUGUAACUAUUGAGCAACGCAGGUAUUAUUUUCAAUGUCUAUAUCCUGCGACUAUUUAGUGGCAUUUUGAAACAAAGUAUUUUUAUUAGAAUUUCAAAGCCUCAUAAACAAAGAUUCACCAGCAUUAUUUCUGUAGUACUGGUCUAUAUGAUACCAGUUUAUUAUUACAACUUAAAGGAACAUGAAACCUGAUAAUGUUUGUUUCAUUAUUCAUAUCAAGCAUACAAUUUUAAAGAACAUUUAAAUUUACUUAUGUUAUAACAUUUUCUUCCUUCUUUUGGUAUCUUUUGUUGAAAAUCAGGUAUGUAAAUAAGCUCAGUAGCCUUGUUGUGUCUGGAGCAUUUUUUAUUUUUUUUUGCAAGAAUGAUAUCCAUCUAUUUCCUGCCAUUUAAUGUUCCAGACACCUACCUGGGUAUCUCUUCAACAAAGAAUACAUUGGAAACUAAACACAUUUGGAUAUACAAGUAAAUUGGACACUUUUUUUUUUAUUGUAUGCUCUGUCUGAAUCACAAAAUAAGUUUGUUUCAUAUCCCUUUAACAGUUCUCACUAAACAGCAGCAGAAGAUCCAUUGACUCACAUAAGAAUGUAUUUGGUUUUACAACUUUGCCAGGUUUUGUACAAAAAGUAUUCUGAGAUAGAUCACUUACAUUUCUUUCAUAGCCUAUAACUGUCUACUUUUUUCUGAGCUUUAAUGUGCUUUGGGGGUGUUGACAAUAGCCAAGAUAUUUGUUUUAAUUGUUUUGGCAAUAAAAGUAAAUGAUAGAAAAUAUAUUCCAAACAGACUGGUGCUUUUGACACAAUGCCAUAUAAAUGGAAUGUUUCCCACUGUAUGUCUAAAUUUCCAUGUGAUUGUUUAACUAAUUCUUUGAAUUUAAAGGGAUAUGAAACCCAAACAUUUUCUUUUAUGAUUCAGACAGAAUAUGUGAUUUUAGACAACUUUCCAAAUUUGCUUCUAUUAUCAAAAUUUUUACAUUCUCUUGGUAUCCUUGGCUGAAAAGCAUAUCUAGGUAGGCUCAGGAUCAGCAAUGCAUUAUUGGGAACUAGCUGUUGAUUGAUGGCUGCACAAAAAAAUGCCUCUUACGUUGGUUUACUAGAUUGCUUUAGUUAGCUCUCAGUAGUGCAUAGCUGCUCUUUCAAAAAGAAUACCAAGAAAAUGAAGCAAAUUUGAUAACAGAAAUAGAUUAGAAAGUUAUUUAAAAUCCCAUUCUCUAUUUGAAUCGUGAAAAAUAAGAAAAAGAAAAAUGGGUUUCAUGACUCCUUAUUGACUUUACUUUUUUUUAAAUUAAUAAUGAAAGGUGUAUUCAAUGUUCCAUGUUGUAUUCCUUAAGACACUCCAGUCUAUGAAUAAUGUUUUUCUGUUCUGUUUUUUUUGGGGGGGGUUGUAAACCACGCUAAUUUGUAGUCUCAUGUGCCAUAGUGGUAAAUGUUGUGUAUGGUUAAACACCGCUCUACAUAGGGUGUCCUGUGAGGUGGUUAAUUUGUACCAUAUAUAUAUAUAUAUAUAUAUAUAUAUAUAUAUAUAUAUAUAUAUUGUACAAUCCGUAUGCUUGAGUUUUUGGUGUUCUCAGUGGAACGUAUGUAAUUUAAAAAUAAAAUACAUUUUAAAAAAAAGUAUUGGCUACCAAGUUAAUCAACACAUUAGGUUUUUUUUAACUGCAUCGUGGAAUCUUUAAACAGCAGUAUUUUUUUCUCAAAAUAGCUGUAUUUUUAAUAACUUGAAAAAAAACUAACAAUCAAGUAUUCAUUUUAUUUAAUUUAUUCUGAGCUAUUUUAACUCAAUUAGCCAAAUUCAUGAGCCGGGACUUGCACAUGAUUGUUAGACAUAAUUUAUUUUUCACCAAUAUUGUUCUUUUUGUUUGAACCCUUUGGCUGCCGGCAAGAGUUCUGCGAUACAUUUUAGACCCUUCUUGCAGCUAUGGGUUUAACGCCGGAUUAAGAACAGGCGUUUCCAGUAUUGAAAUAAACAUGUUAUAAAACUGUAAGUAUUCAAUUUAAAGGGACAGUGUGCUGGGGUUUUUUCACUCCCUUUUAAUGUGAUCCCAGUGAACCAUUUUUACCUGCUUGAAAAGCUAUGUAAACUAGAAGGUUUGGAAGAAAUAACACUCCCAGUGGUGGGGGUCAGCAGAUAAAUACUAAAACAUACAUUUUCCAUUGUUCUUUCUAAGUUUUACUGUGUAUAGAUGUAUAAGACAAGGGUUUUGUGUAAAUAUAGAGAGGUAAGCUAAUGAGUCCUGCUGUUCCUACAAGCUCAGUUCAUUUGAUUAGGCUUAGCAUAAAGGAGCAAUUUCCCAAAAUUUUAAACUCUAAAGUUUGUGCAGUUUGUUUUAAGGGUAAAACAAUUUUACAGUAUGCUGUCCCUUUAAUAAUUGAGUAGUGCCAUCAACCUAAACAUUUGUGUGACAAUCCUGUACAAAGUCAUAUCACAGCUAGAAGAACCUGAGAUGUUGAGCAAUGUUAAUCUUUAAUUACAAUUUUCCUAUGAUAACUUGUGUAAACAUCCUUGUUUAACCGAGUAUCCUGGUUCUUAAAGGGACAUUAAAGAAUGUAUACAUAGUAUAGAUAAAAAAAUUAAGCACCAUUUUUCAAAAGACCUGCAUACAAAACAAAUGUUUUAAUUUAAAAUUGUAUUUUUGUUUACAAAAUUUGCAUAGUUUUGCAGUUAUGGGGCAUACUUCUUGUGAGGCCAAUUGAGCAUGCUCAUCUGAUCUUCUCUGUUGUAGCCAAUUACAGACAUAUAUAAAUGGAUCCUUGCACUUAUUAAAGUGAUUGUAAAGUUUAUCUGAUUAAAACACAGUAUAUAAAAUUAUUCAUAAAAAAUAGUGGAACUUUAAUUCAUUAAAAUAUUUAAAGGCUCUUCCUUUGUAAAAUAUUUACCAUUUAGAGAUGGUAAACAUUGUGCCGUUCCUCCGCCCGCAUCUAAUACUUGAUUUAGUGAAAUGACGAAUUUGGCUUCAUCCACUCGUCGUGUGUCCCACAUGGGCCCAGCUCAUGGGGCAUGCAAUGAUUGGAUGAAGCCGGAUUAAUCAUCUAUCAGCUAAAUCAAGUAUUAGAUGUCUGUAAAACAUUAGAUAAUACAUUUAUUAAAGGAAAAACAUGUCUUUCAUGUCCCUUUAAGGCUCAUUUCAUAUUUGAAGGGAUAGUAAAGUCAAAAUUUAAACUAUAUUGGUUUAUAUAGAACAUGCAGUUUAAUUUUUUUCAUUCUUUUGGUAUCCUUUGUUGAAGGGUUAACCUAGGUAGGCUCAUAGUAGCUCAGGAGCUUGCAUGUGCCUUUAGCACUCAACGGCAGCAGUGUUAUACCUUGUUGCAAAAACUACCACCAUUGAAUGCUAGACACGUGCUCUCUCAAGUAUACCUAGAUUUACCUUUUAACAAAGGAUACCAAGAGAAAAAGCAUUUUUGGUGAUAGAAGUAAACUGGAACAUUUUGUUUUAAAACUGCAUACUCUAUCAAAUUCAUUAACAACACAGAUUUGAAACCUGUAUGUUGAUUGUUAUUAAGGGGUUUUGGCCCUUUAAUAGACGCUCUAUUACAACAUGCCACACUCCUGGAGGCAUCAGGCUAUGCGCGGUCUCGAGGCUGUCAGCGAGAAUUGUGCUAUUUAGCCCCUUCAAUGGAAAAUAAUAAGUGGCUGUCAUUAAGGAGUUAGUUUCAUUUUGACUUUACUGUUUAAAGGGACACUAAACCCAGAUUUGUUUUCUUUACUGAUUCAGAUAGAACAUGCAAUUUUAAGCAACUUUCUAAUUUGCUUCUAUUAUCAGUUCUUUUCGUUCUCUUGCUAUCUUUUUUUGAAAAGCAGGAAUGUAAAGCUAAUGAGACGGGCCAUUUUUGGUUCAGCACCUGGGUUUUGCAUGCUGAUAGGUGGCUAAAUUUAGCAACCAAUAAGCAAGCGCUAUCCAGGGUGCUGAACCUAAAAUGGGCUGGCUCCUAAGCUUUACAUUCCUGCUUUUCAAAUAAAGAUAGCAAGAGAACUUGGAAACAUUGAUAAUAGGCUGAUAAUAUUAAAUUGCAUGCUCUAUCUGAAUCACAAAAUUAAAAAAAUGGGUUUAGUAUCCCUUUAAGGAUUUCAGAGCUCUUUCUUGUAUUGAAUUAAAAAUAAUGAUAAAAAUGAAUCGCUUACCACCUCUUGAGGACAAGAUUAGCAGAACCAUAGUUUUUAAGAAAUACAUUUUUCCAUUUGUAUAAUAAAUUGACUUUUUGACCACGUUAGGUGAGUACCUCUUAUCAAACAAAAUCAUCAGCAUUUUCUUUUCUAGAGCUUUAACAUAAUAGUCUCUGUUUAUAAAGUUUAAUUAAUUUGUUACAUUUUUAACUCUGAUUUUGUAAAUCUGAUUGUGACAUUUUGUGAUUUUUAUUUAGUCUGUAAAAAAAUAAAUGUAAAUUUCAAAUUUCCUAUUCAACUUGCUGGGUAAAUGAUAUAGUAAUACAAUGUCUGAAAUACUGGGGUCAUGUAAUGCUAGUUACUUUUAACAAAUACUUUUUAGAAUAUCUAAACUUUUAAUCAUAGAUUUUCUCUUUUUUUUCUGCAGCUAUUUUUGUAAUCUAUAUUUUUCUAAACUAACAAUUUUUCAAAAACAAUUAUUUUUUUUCAAACAGAAUUUGUAUCUUGUGCAUUUUUCACACUAACCCUUCAGUUUAAAUGGAUGUAUUGGACAUGGAAAUAAAGUUUACUUCCCUCACUAUCAAUUUUAAGGCAUCUAUUAAAAAAAUAAUUAAUUUUUCAUAAAUUUUAAUUGAAACAUGACUUUUGCAGAGAGAAGCUUGAAGCUGUGUGUGUGUGUGUGUAUAUAUAUAUAUAUAUAUAUAUAUAUAUAUGUGUGUGUAUGUGUAUAUAUAUAUAUAUAUAAUAGAUAUAUAUAUAUAUAGAGAGAGAUAUAUAUAUAGCGAGAGAGAGAGAAUAACUAACUAAUUGUGUAGUUCAUUAACAAAUCUAGACAGGCCAGAAGGCUUGUUUUUCCCCACAGAAAACCUCUGAAUUACAUUGUUCCCACAACAAUCUUAAAUGUUGUUGUAUUUUGCCCGGAAUCAACUUCACCCAGCAGUGAUUCAAACCUUCUCCCAACUGUUGAGUAGCAAUAACUACGAAACAGUCUGUCCUGGGAUGGUUAUGAAUCACUGCACUAACCCUAGCUAAGCUGUGUGAACAGUGAUGCUUUGGCGUAAAGGGAAUCUGCUGAAAAGCAGACUUGAAGUAAAAAGGUGUGUCAUUGUGAACCUAAUUUGCAUAUCUUAUCCAGAAUCCUUUGCUGCAUUGGAAACAAUGUAAUUCAGAGGUUUUCUGUGGGAAAAACAAGCCUUCUGGCCUGUCUAGAUUUGUUAAUGAACUAUACAAUGAGUUAUUUUCUCUAUAUUUUGUGCGUAGUGGAGGAUUUUAAACUCACCUUUUACCUCCCCCUAAUCUUAAAUGUUGUUGUUGUGUGUGUGUGUGUGUGUGUGUAUAUAUAUAUAUAUAUAUAUAUAUAUAUAUAUAUAUAUAUAUAUAUAUAUAUAUAUAUAUAUAUAAAAUACACACACUAUUCCAAGAGACUCAGCCAUUCCUUUUCUAUUAUAACCAAUGUGAGUAUAUAUUUAUAUUUAUUAUUAUUAUUAUUAUUUUUUUUACUUUGUUUUCUAGGGCAAGGAUGGCCAACUUCCUGAUAAUAGAUCAAAAGUCUUAAGGACCACAUAUGAAUGUGUGUGCAUUGGACCAAAUGUAUGUGUGGUUGUAGGGGAACCCUCUGUCUGCUGCCCUCCAUUCCAGAGGGCUCUUUUCACUUGUUUGCUCACCCAACAGACAUUCACAAAUUACAUUUUUUUUCUACUUUAUCCUGGAGCCACAAAAUACAGUGUAAAGGGCCACAUGGGGCCCACAGGCUGCUAGUAGGCCAUCCUUGAUCUAGAGGAUAAACCUAUCACUACCAAACAUGGGGGUAUUGGUUCUUUCAGUGCACAUAGAAAAGCUACAUCCAGCGUAGAAGCCACAUUUGUGUGAUGGAGGAAAUGCCAAAUAUACAUGGUGCUAUCUGCUUCACAAGAUAGUUUUAUCAUUGCCUAGCAAACUACCAAACAAAUGCCCACAUUGGUUAAAAUAACAUUGAUAAUAUGGCUUCUGAUUGGCUAUGUUUUGUGUGUGUGUGGGGGGGGGUUAUUGACUUAAUCCUGCAAAAAAAAUAGCUAAUCUCAAUAUUAUUCCAAAUUUAAACCAAUUAUAUUUUUUAUAAUGGUUAAUGGCUGCUCAAAAUUGGCAUUAAGGAACCAGAAGUGAUGCAUUACUUCCAUGUCCCAUUAAUAUUACCAGUUAAAUAAGCAUAUCAUCAUUUUGUUCACUUUCUUUAGAUUAUCUAUAUCAUACUGAAAAUGAGCUGUAAGUGGUCAAUUCACUUCUAUUGCAGCAAGUAUAUUAUUUAUAGUCUUAAGGCAAGAUAAUUGUAUAUUGUGUGCAGCUUUAAGUGUACCCUCCCAUAAGGUGCAAUCCAUCGGAAAUAUCUAGUGCAUGAUAAAACUGCACACAAUAUAAAAUGAUCAUGCUUUAAGUUUACCCUCCCCCAAGGUGCAAUCCAUCGGAAAUAUCUAGUGCAUGAUAAAACUGCACACAAUAUACAAAUAUAAUGCUUUUAGUGUACCCUCCCCCAAGGUGCAAUCCAUCUGAAAGAUCUAGUGCAUGAUAAAACUGCACACAAUAUAAAAUGAUCAUGCUUUAAGUUUACCCUCCCCCAAGGUGCAAUCCAUCGGAAAUAUCUAGUGCAUGAUAAAACUGCACACAAUAUAAAAUGAUCAUGCUUUAAGUUUACCCUCCCCCAAGGUGCAAUCCAUCGGAAAUAUCUAGUGCAUGAUAAAACUGCACACAAUAUAAAAUGAUCAUGCUUUAAGUUUACCCUCCCCCAAGGUGCAAUCCAUCGGAAAUAUCUAGUGCAUGAUAAAACUGCACACAAUAUACAAAUAUAAUGCUUUUAGUGUACCCUCCCCCAAGGUGCAAUCCAUCUGAAAGAUCUAGUGCAUGAUAAAGCUUGAUAAUUGUAUAUUGUGUGCAGUUUUAAGCGUACCCUCCCACUAGGUGCAAGCCAUCAGGGAUAUCUAGUGCCCAAUACCAAAAAAUCGUACAUUAAUUGAAUACACUUGUUGCAAUCAAAGUGCUGUAUUAAUGUUAGUGAAUCACUUUCAUGUCUUUAGAAUUUAAGCCUCUGUAUUUCACCACUGCUGUUUGUUGCAAAGCCCUUCAGCGGUGGAUCAAAUAUGUAUGUGCACAAUAUUCCAAUUUUAAAAAGUGUAUAAUUUCAUGUCAUUGUAUGUUUUUGUUAUCGGGAUUAAGAAAUGUUCUUGCUUUUUUUUUUUUUUAAAGUCACAGUUCAUUCUAAAAUGUAAAACUAUCCAUUUACCAUUUAAAUACAUCAAUGUUGUAGCCA